UCAUCAUGUCAGUAGGCCUACUCGGGAUCUGUUCCCUGGUGUUGGUAGGGCUGCUGGGUUCCUCAAAGCUGGGGUUUUGUGCUGCAAAAUACAACGUGUGUCCCGUCGAAAAUGGGACGAGUAUUGAAGAUGUCUUUGGCGCCUCUGGCUACAUCCAAAAGAGUAUUUGGCACCGAAUUCCUUGUCUGACGUUCCGCCCCACGGAGAGCUUAGAUGGUAUUAUCUGGUACAAGGGGUCCAGCGUAGACGACCCAUCAAAGGUGCGUCUGAUCAGCCGAGACCUGCGCGAGGGCGUCAACAAAGACUCGCCUGCCGACGAGAGGUACUCGAUGUCGUCCAAUCACGGACUUGUCAUUAAGGGAGUCGAGGACAGGGACGAGGGGAGUUUCCUUUGCCAGGUUAUUCCUCAAACUACCGAUAUAAGGGUUGAGAAAGUACACGUCCUAGUCAUAGGCGAUACCUUUCCAGGAGGCAGUAGUCAGACAUCUUCCACAGCAAGCUUCCAUCGAGGACGCAGACAGACGCUCCCGUGUGAGUGCGCGUCUCAGACACCAGACGCGCCGAUCUCCGUAGUGUAUUGGUCAACGGGAGAAGGCGUCACUGCAGAUACACGGAUCAUUGGUGCACGUUUCUCUGAUGGCACUACCCUGAGGGUUGAACACGGUGCCGAUUACAGCAUUGGCAGCGACGUUUCCCUUCUAGUUAACUCCCUCCAUGAUGUACAAGACACACAGAGAUUCUGGUGUCACGUGUUCCAAUCAGAUGGUAAUCUCAGAAAUUGCGACAUCGAUGUCCAGAUAUCAGAUCAAGAGCCACCCAAUCACGCCCUCAAGGCAUCUUUUACAUCGUUCUACCUUCUUGAGGGUGAAGAGCAGACACUUCCAUGCUCGAGCUGGACCCCCGAUGUCACAACCUGUGAGGUACAGUGGUUCAAGAUCGACAGGGCAGGUCAACACCUUCUACUGUCUAGCAACGACGUCGAAGCUGAAUCGGAAUACGAACCCGCCAGCGAUUUUGGCCUGAUCAUCAAAUCAGUUGAUUACGAAGAUGCUGGAAGAUACAGAUGUGAUACAGGCGGAGGAAUCAGUGAGGAUGAUAUUGAUGUUAGAGUAAUAGAGGGCGCACUUCUUCUACACACGUGCUUUCCAGUAGAUGACGUCAGGUACUGGUGUCACGUCUUCCCUGAGAACAAAUUGCUAAUGAGAUCCUAUGUGGAUGUACUAAUCAAAGUGACGGGCAUACAGAUGGAGCCGGUGCUUAUUUCGAAUGCUCCAGAUGAACAAACAACGAACGAGGAACAGCAACAAGAUCAGCAGCAAACGGUGACGGACAUACAGACCGAGCCGGAGACUAGUUCGAAUACCCCAGAUGAAGAAACAACGAGCGAAAGACAGCAACAAGAUCAGCAGCAAAUGAUGACGGACAUACAGAUCGAGCCGGAGCCUAUUUCGAAUGCUCCUGAUGAACAAACAUCGAGCGAGGAACAGCAGCAAGAUCAGCAGCAAACAGUGACGGGCAUACAGAUCGAGCCGGAGACUAGUUCGAACGCUCCUGAUGAACAAACAUCAAGCGAGGAACAGCAACAAGAUCAGCAGCAAAUGAUGAUGGGCACACAGACCGACCAGGAAAGUAAUCCAAAUGCUUCAGAAGAACAAACUUCGAGCAAGGCACAGCAACAUCGUUUGCAAAUGGAGAGACUGCAGGACAAACUGGAUAUUGCGAUGAGUUCUUUAGAAGAAAUCGCAUUACACUACGUGAUAUCUAGGCAGAAUACGAUCAACAGGCUGUGUGAACUUGUUGACAGCUGCACAAAAGUUUACAGACAGGCCCAACAAACCAAGGUUACCGGUGGUGCAGUCGGGCUGCCUGGUACUGUGAUGACAAUCGCUAGUGUCGUGGCUGCGCCCUUCACAGCAGGCGGUUCCCUCGCUCUCACAGCCGCCGGUGCUGCUGCAGGAGUUGCGGGUGGGAUUGCAGCAGCAGGAAUGAUGGUUAAUGAUGAUUUAGGCCCCACUCUGGUCGUCAAAUCAAACAAAAACACAACAAUCGGCGAGGACUAA